GCAAAACUAUGCUGAUAUUAUAUAUAGUUCAUCAUAGUUUUUUUGAAGUUUCGAAAAUUAUGGCGCAAGAUGAGCGAUAUGCAUCGUAUAUGGGGGACAAAGCAAAGUAUGUUGGGUCACUUCAAUAUUCAAUCCAACCUCGUGAAGAGAUAAUAGAAAUACUUGAAAAUAUUGGAUUUCAAGUUAAUCAUUGCAGUCAUCGGAUAUUGAACUACAAGGAUAAUGCAGAAACAUUUCUAUCCAUGGUCACUUCACAAUGUACUUUUAACUUUUUGGACGACAUGCCGAAUAAUCUAAGAGUUGAAUUCAAGAAUGAAUUAGCACGUAAAUUUGCGGAAAUAAGAGCUAAAGAAUACGCAGAUAUUAUUCAAAAUAAUUUUAAGAUACAUAACGUAGAGAAGGAGAAAAAUAGAGAUGAUAUGCCUAUUGGAUUACUGCACUGAUAAUUUAUGCACAAAAAGUUUCAUAAUUGUAUGAAUGAUCUUCAUGAUUAAUACGACAAAAAUGGGCAAUUUGUUUCUUUUUCACGUAGUCUCUC